AUUAAAGAAAAGUAAAUAUUUGGCCAGCUGUCAGAAGAGGAGCAAGAAAGCUUGAAAUUGAGAGGGUGUGCUUCCAUAAGGUCAUGUGAUUACACCGGUGAGUAAUGAAAGAGAAUUUACAGCAAACAUACCAGUGUUUCUUCAAGAAUUGUUCACCAAUAUAAUGCUUGUUCGUCAAUUGAAAAUACCCUGGAACAUUUGACAAUGGCAUCAGCUCAAGAGAACUCCAGCAGCAGAGAUCCAACAGAUAUCAAUCAUGUCUUGGAAAGCCUUGGAAGCCUAAUUGGAGAGUUAGAUUCCUGUGUCACAGAAGUUCAGGAUGACCAGGCCAAUUCCAGUGGAGUGGAAAGUAAUAAGCAUUAUGAUAUAAAUCUUGAGACUCUACUAGCUGACACAGAUGAGUUCGAGGAUGAUGAGCAUCUGUAUCUUAUUCCUCGUCAGAGAUCACCAGUUGAGAAAUCAACACCUGGCUACUUCACUCACAAGCCUAGUGAUGCUCUUAGUGAGGGUGCGGUGGGUGGUGCAAAUGCUAAAACAAUCAAUUCAUCUCGCCCUCUCCCCCUACAAUCACAAAAUGUGAAUGCUGCCUCCUUGAGGACUGCAGAACAAGACUAUGCCAUUCCACCAAACAGGAGUGGCCAUAAAGGAGCUUUCAAGGAGGUUGCCCUUAGUGUAGAUCUACAUGGAAGUUUCAAAAAGGUUGGUGAAGCAUCUGCUGCAGCACAGAAAAAUGUUUCACAUACUCCAGCUGUCCGCACCAAAGCAGAGCCUAAUCAUUAUGUUGCACCCAGUGAACUUGGUUUUCAGAAGCAUAGUCAAGGACAUGUGAAGUCAGGUACCGGGACAAAUGGCUUGCCAAACAGCAAUCAGCCACCGAAACAAGGAAAACAUGCUACACAGGAAGUAACAGUGACAGUUUUCAAUGAAGACAAAAAACCCAUUGGAUUGACAAUUUCAUCCAACAUGAAGGCCAGGGAAGCUUGCCUCAAGUUAGCACUGUUAGACAAGGUUGAAGCCGAUGCCCACUGGGUGUUGACAGAAUAUCUGACAGACUUAGGGCUUGAACGUAAUCUGGAGGAUCAUGAAAAUCUCAUGGCCAUAUUGAAAACAUGGGCACCUGGCUCUAACAACAAGUUGUUAUUUAGAAAGGACUCUAAAAAAUACCACUUCUUCUUGCAUACAUCUAACUAUUUUCCAGCCCAUUUGUUGGACUCUGAAAAUUCUGACAAGGCAGUCACAGAGAAAGCUCAAAAGGCCAAGACGAUCUUACAACAGAAAUUAUUUAGCACCUGUACCAGAGUUCCUGAAAUAGAAGGGACCUUACAUUGCAAAGAUUUUGGAAAGAAGUCGUGGAGUAAGAAAUUCAUUUUCUUAAGAGGAUCAGGACUUUAUUGUUCAAGUAAAGGGAAGUCAAAGGCUUCUAAAGAUUUGGAAUGUUACGUACAAUUUGAUGGAGCAAACCUUUACAACAUUCUCAAUCCUAAGAAGUCCCACAAAGCACCAACAGAAUUCUGCUUCUGUAUCGUGCCUUACAGAGCACGAGAACUCAAGGAGCUAAAAUGUCUCUGUACAGAUGAUGAAAAGACAUUGAUGAGCUGGAUAAUGGCCGUUAGGCUUGCCAAGGUAAUGUAAUAAACACCCUGAGCAUUUCAAUUUUUUUAAAUAAAAUCUUGCAAAGUGGUCGACAAAACGUUGACGAGUCAUCUGCUGCUAAGUCAGUCAGGGCCCGAGACCAAUGGUAGCCAGCUAUAGUCACACACAUAGACUAUUAAAAAUUUAGAUUUCGCUCGAAAUUUUUACAUUUCUACUGAGUAAAACUGCUUUGGCUGGCCUGUCUCACUAUUUUUCGCGCUGUUUUCGAACAAACCGAAUGCCAGGAACAGGCUACUAACAUUUUGUUAUUUGCAAAUUGGUUUACAUGUAUGUCUUUAAAUUAACCAAUACCGUUUCAAGUGCAGAUCUUGUGAGAUUUAGUGAAGCAUAGCUAUUUAGCCAGUAGGCUAAGUGAAGUUUGCCUCAAGUCUUAUAAGAAACCCUAAGUUGAUGCUGCAGCCCACAAGUACCGCAACGCAGGUAACCUAAACUUCAGUCAGUUUUUUUGUUGUAAUUUUGCGAAGCAAGCAUUCAGUUGUCAGUGUCAAGAAGACAGUUACUCAACAUCAGACGUGCAAGUUUAAUUGUUAACAAAUUUAAUUCAAUUAACUCAUUUGUUAACAAAUUUAACUCAAUUAACUUAAAUGAGAUAAGCAAGCCGCGAAUCUAUCAACCAAAACGUGAUUUCCUUAAAUGAACUUUCGCCCCGUGUGUUUUACCAGUGUUUUCUAAGCAUUUUCUGUGGACUGGAAUAAGACCAUGGCAACGACGCUAGCAUACGUUAAAAAAAUGCUUAAAGCGAAUUUCUUUACUCUGUUUUUUUUUUUUUUCAACUUUUAGAAAAGAUAACUUGAUAUUUAUGCAUCACAAGAGACAUGUUUUUUUCCGCUUACGAAGGAAAACCCCUCAUGUGCAGUGCCUGGUUUCAACUUGCACAACUAUUUACAUUCCUAAAUGACGAACUAAUUUCUGAAUGUUGUUAAUGUUUUUAUUCUUCUAAGAAUUAAGAAGACAUGAACUUGACACAGAUUUUGUUGACCCCGUUAAGAUUUAUAUCGAUAAACUAACGUCUUAUUUAUUACGAGCAACUGAAGUUUAAGAGUGACGGGUUGACAAGUUACCUAGGCUGGACUGUUUGGUGAAACUUUAAUUUUCGAUCACACCAAAAAUUGCCAUAAUAUGUUUAGGAGUUUAAGAGUGACGUGUUCUCAAGUAACCUUGGUGAAACGCCCACUUUAUUUUCGAUCACACUAAAAAUGGCCAUUUCAUGUUUUUCGCAACCACUUCAAGUCAUAUGACUCUGUACUUAUGACAAUCCGUACUGCUCCGUAAGGAUUUCUCACUUUUGUGAGCUUAGAAUCGUCUAGACUACCCUCAAUCUAGCGUGCGUGUUAUGAGCGCGUUUUAUAGAUGUCACUUGUUGAGUGAGUUGUUCCGUGUUCGGAAAAACAUGUCUGAGAGAUGACUGAAAAAUAGUCUUCAUCAUUGAACGUACAUGAACGUACGCACGAAAACUAAAAGUUCCUCGUUGACCUCAGUAACAAUUCUUACAAAUAAAAUGUUCAAUAAUCCCCGGAAUUCUUUAUGUACAUUGUGUACAUAAAUCACAAAACUUACUGCUCUACCUAAACCUUCACUCUUGAACGAAAGGAGACGAUUUUUGGCGUGGUCUAGCUCGCUGUGGCUAAAUGACCGGCAGCCGGUCAAGGUUUUCAAAU